AUGGCAAUGAAGGAAACUGCAGAUGCAGAGAGGGCGUUGAAGCACUUGAACCCAGAUGGGGAAGAGGACCUCCUCUGCUCCAAAACAGAUCACCACUCAAAGGAGCGCAUGAAGCUGAAAUUGAUCCCAUCUGAAGAUCAAAGCAAGGCUGAGCCAUGGCAGUCGUUCAAAUCAAAACCUGGAAGUGUCCUCCCGGUGAGGAAGAAAUUAGUAAAGACGAUGAUGUUUCAUCAAAUUGUCCAAUGCUUUUGCUCUGUUUCAGAUGAUACUAGUAAUAGUCCUUCAGCUUCUGCUGGAGCCUCUGAAACCACCACAUCAUCAAACGCCAACAACAAGGUCAUCAGCAACCACGUUUACCCAGUCUAG